CUCGUCAAACAGAUUCAAUUCCAUUCUUAUAAUUCUAUGUGAUACAUAUACAUACAUCGCCCGUUUUGGAUUCUUUUUACAUUUCUCCGAAAAUCGAUCAUUCAGUCACUCUUCGUAUUGAACAACAACCUGAUCGAGCCUGUCAGGACAUUCCAACAUUCCAGAGAGCAAAAAACACAUCUCCAGACCAAUCAACCCACCUCCACCAAAGCAAAAGCUUCAACCUCCCAUCUCCAACCUCAACUACUCGCCCCGCUUCACAAUCCCACCAUCCACCCACCCAAACCACCAAAGAACCCAAAAGCUCUACACAAUGUCAACGACCGAGCCCUCAACCUACAACCCCGACAUCCCCAGCGCCCCGAUAACCAAAACGACCUCAAACAUCCACAUCGAACUCACGCCCCACGCCCUCUCCCCCUCCUCCGCAACAUCCUUCGUGCGGUCCCCCUCCGCCGGCGCCACCGUCCUCUUCAUCGGCACAACGCGCGACACCUUCAACGACCUCGCCGUCUCUUCCCUGUCCUACACGUCCUACCCUCCCCUCGCCAUGACGACCCUGUUCUCCAUCGCCAGCGACAUCCUCAAGAAGCACGAGCUGGACAAGAUCGCGAUUGUGCAUAAGCUGGGGGAGUGUCCGAUUGCGGAGGAGAGCGUGGUGAUCGCCGUGAGUGCGAAGCAUAGGAAGGCGGCGUGGAGGGCGGGCGAGGAGGCGCUCGAGGAGGUCAAGGGCAGGGCGGAGAUAUGGAAGUUGGAGAGGUUUGAGGGCGGGGAGGGGGUGUGGAGGGCGAAUAGGGAUGGGGUUAUGGGGGUGAGGGUUGAGGACGGAGAGGGGGGAACGGGGAAGAAGAGCUGUUGUUGAACUGAAGUUCAGUCGAUUGAUGAUGCGAUUUGCGGAGGUUUCGUUGCGCGUGUUGCUACCUAAUGUUUUUACAUAUCUAUAUCUCCGCCAGAUAUCGUGAUG